UGCCCGCCCGAAGGCCCGUUGUGCGCCUGCGCGUUCGCGCUCCCGCCCUCUCGCUGCGCUCGACCGAGUCAGUCUGUCCUAGUCUGUCCUCGGAGCAAGAGGAGGGAAGGGGCUUCGUAGAGCCGGCUGCCGGGUUAUCUUCUCUCCCCUCCCUCUCUCCCGCCCCACAUCUCUCGUCACCCCUCUCCCGCCCUUGCUCGCGCUGCCAUGGAGCCGUCGGCGGCCACUCAAUCUCCGUCCGUCUCCUCGUCGUCCUCCGGGGCCGAGCCCUCCGCUCCCGGCGGCGGGAGCCCGGGAGCCUGCUCCGCCCUGGGGGCGAAAAGCUGCGGCUCCUCCUGCGCUGAUUCCUUUGUUUCUUCCUCUUCCUCUCAGCCUGUAUCUCUAUUUUCGACCUCACAAGAGGGAUUGAGCUCUCUUUGCUCUGAUGGGCCACGCUCAGAAAUUAUGACUUCUUCCUUUUUUCCAUCUUCUGAAAUACAUAACACUGACCUUACAAUACUACAUGGAGAAAAAAGCAGAGUAUUAGGCAGUCAACCUAUUUUAGCCAAAGAAGAAGACUGCUUGGCUUCUCUAGAUGUGAAAGAGAUGGAAAAGCCUGAGGGAACCAAUAAAGAUGUAGUGGAUUCCCCCUCAGUUUCUGUUACAGAAGUUGUUCACUGUAACCGUCCCUCCAUUCCAGCCAGUUUCCCAGAUCAUCCUGCUUUUCUGUCAGAGGAAGUUGAUCAAAUGGAACAGCAAAUAAGUAAAGAUGAAGAGUCCAAGAACCCAAACGAGGUACCAAGUGGGAAUAGUAAAAGUGGCUCAGGUGCUGAUGACAAGUUCACUUUGCUAACAGCCCAGAAACCACACCCUCAGCCGUCUAAGGCAGAAGGCAUUUGUACGUGUUCCAUGUCCCCGUCUGAAGUUCCAGGAGGUGGCGUUAUUGAAAAAGAAUCCCCUGACUUACCAUCUGAAGGAAUUACUGACAAAGCAGCAUUUGACAAAGAAUUUAAAGAUAUGUAUAAGGAGAGCACAAAUGACUUUGAUAGCUGGGCAGUGCACAAUGAUGGAGAAUCAGCUGUAGACAUUUCAGAGUCUAAUGACAAACUAUUUCCACUGAGAAAUAAAGAGGCUGGACGUUUCCCAAACUCUGCAUUGCUCACUAGACAGUUUUCACAUACAACUGCAGCACUGGAAGAGGUGUCUAGAUGUGUGAAUGAUAUGCAUAACUUUACUAAUGAAAUACUGACUUGGGAUUUGGUUCCCCAAGUGAAACAGCAGAGAAGUAAAUCUAACUACAUCACAAAAACUACAGGACUUGAUAUGAGUGAAUGUAAAUCAGGAAUUUCAGGUGUGAACCUUAAAACUAACACUCAUCAGAAAAUUCUGGUAUGUUCUACUAAUGGAAGCAUUCCCAUCAUUAAAUCAACAGGUGAUUGGGCAGAAGCAUCUCUCCCACAAGCAAAUGUUGUCAUUGAAAAACCUGUACCAAACUGUCUUGAUUCCAAAAAGGAAGUCAGUGUCAAAGGUGUGCAAGGUAAUGGGCAGAAACAGGAUGAUGCAAUUUCAGAGUUACCUGGAUCUCUGUUUGAGAAAUGUGCCUCUUGGGGUUCUGGAGUGGCUGCAGUGAAAGUGGUUUUACCUGAUGGUCACCUGAAAGGUGAAGUGAACUGGCAGAGCUCUGUGUUGGGAGAAGUGACAGAGGCUGAUAGUUCUAGUGAGUCUGAUGACACAGUAAUUGAGGAUAUCACAGCAGAUAUUUCAUUUGAAAGUAACAAAAUUCAGGCUGAAAAGCAUGUUUUCAUUCCAAGUGCUGCUGUAAAAAGAGAUGAAAGAGAAGUCAAAGAUACUCUCAAUUGUAAUAGGGAAAACAAAACAUCUGAAAACUUGGAAGGGUCGGUCAGUGACUCUGAGCCACAAGUUCAGCCUGAUAUCCUUGAAAGGAGUCCAGCUGGUGAGGUAGCGUGUUCACAAGUCCCUGACAGGAAUGUCAUGUCAGAAGAUGGGAAGCAGUCAGAUAGUAUGAGUGAAGUCGCUCCUAAAAAGCCUGCUACAACUGAGAACCCAAAACUUCCUUCAGCAGCAUCUCCAAAUAUUUUUAAUGAUACAGAAAUUUCACUAAAUAUGACAACCCCUACCUAUUUAGAGUCAUCACAUGAAAAAAAUGUUGAAGAUACAGAUGAUUGUUCCCCAGAGGGUCUGAUAGCAACCUUUAUAGAAACCAGAGAGAAAGCAAUAAUAGAUAAAGGUGAAGGGAGUGCCUUUGAAGCAAUGUCAGAGAAGACUAAAGACUUUAAAGCGUUUUCUGUAGAAGUCUUACAUGAAAGUGAGUCAGGUGGUUCUAAAAUUAAAGACAUAAAAAGCAAAUAUACUGAACAAAACAAGGAAACAAAUGGAAGUGAGCGCCUGGAUGUUUUCCCUAUUCAAGGUACUCCAGUAGCAUCUCUUGACUUAGAACAGGAACAGCUCACAAUCAAGGCCCUUAAAGAAUUGAGUGAAAGGAAGAUUGAGAAGUCAGCUUCUGCACAGGAUAAAGUAGAAUCUCCAUCUGAAGAAACACUGAAGCUGACUUUAACAUUUGCUCCAGAACCUUCUUGGCCACAGAGAUCAUAUGAUGUCCUAGAACACACAGAUGUCAAGACUGGAUCUAGUCUGGGGAUUUGCAAGAAGCCCACUGUUACCAAAGAAAGUACUAGAGUAGAUAUUAUUUCCAGCCUUAGCAAGACUGAACUGGUUAACAAACAUGUCCUAGCAAGACUUCUAACAGACUUCUCAGUACACGAUCUGAUUUUCUGGCGAGAUGUGAAGAAAACUGGGUUUGUCUUUGGCACCACACUGGUCAUGCUGCUUUCGCUGGCAGCUUUCAGUGUCAUCAGUGUGAUUUCUUACCUCAUCCUGGCUCUUCUCUCUGUCACCAUCAGCUUCAGGGUCUACAAGUCUGUCAUCCAAGCUGUACAGAAGUCAGAAGAAGGCCAUCCAUUCAAUAUGACUGUUGUUUCUUCUUCUGGAAGAGCCUAUCUGGAUGUAGACAUUACUCUGUCCUCGGAAGCUUUCCAUAAUUACAUGAAUGCAGCCAUGGUGCAUAUCAACAGGGCCCUGAAACUCAUCAUUCGUCUCUUUCUGGUGGAAGAUCUGGUUGAUUCUUUGAAGCUGGCUGUCUUCAUGUGGCUGAUGACCUAUGUUGGGGCUGUUUUCAAUGGAAUCACCCUUCUGAUUCUUGCUGAACUGCUCGUUUUCAGUGUUCCAAUUGUCUAUGAGAAAUACAAGACACAGAUUGAUCACUAUGUUGGCAUCGCCCGAGAUCAGACUAAGUCGAUUAUUGAAAAGAUACAAGCAAAACUCCCUGGAAUCGCCAAAAAAAAGGCAGAAUAAGUACAUGGAAACCAGGAACACAACAGUUACUAAAACACCAUUUAAUAGUUAAAGCAUCAUUACUUGUACUAUGAAGGAACAUGCUCGGUGUCAGCUUGAGCCUGCAUUCCAAGCUUUUUUUUUUUAAUUUGGUGUUUUCUCCCCUCCUUUCCCUUUACCCUCAAUAUCAAGCACAAGAAUUGGACUAAAAAAAGAAUUGGUAUCUUAGAACCCAAAAGAAUAAGGAAAGAAAGAGCAAAUUAGUAGGAUAAAUCAAUACCUUCAUGGUGAUGGAGCCUUUAGCUAUAGCUUGAAAGGGAAAAGAUUGGAGGUAAAGGAGAAAAUGAAAGAUACACAUUUUGAGUUGUUCUGUUCAAAAUGAAAGAGAACACAUCUCUUGGGAUUUUCUAUCCAAUUUUCAAGGACUACUUUUACAGUUUCCCAUCAUAGUUUUGCCCUUAUUUUUAAGUUAAGAAAUAAUGAUUAACUUAUGAAGAAAUUAUCUGGGGACAAGAGUGGGAUUCCUUCCCAUGGGUUUUUUUUUGGCAACCCUUGAUCCCAUCUUCCUGCCCAAAAAUGUGAGCAGCUCCUGCUAAAUAUUCCUCUUCUUUGCUUCAGGAUAUAAUUUUCAGCUCUAUGAAUAACUCAUAGGUGGUAGUGGUAAUUCCCAGUCCCCAGAUACCGACUGGUAACCAAGAAUGAAAGUGGACAGUGGGCCUGGAGAGGGAGUCAGCGGCAGCAGUGCUGCGGCCCCACCGCGUCUCCCACGCACCACGAGGAGAGGCAAGGCUCCGCCGUUGGGGGAAGCGCUGUCAUGUCCUCUGGACACCAGUUCUGAGCUUUAGUCUGGGGACUCAUUCCUGAAUGUGCUUUCCUCCCUCUUCCCUACCCACCUCACCUCAAGUUUAAUAAGAAUGAUUGUUCUCUUCUAUUAUGAAAUAAAUGUCUGUAACUGCUGUACGCUGCUGUAAACUUGUUAGAGAAAACAAAUAAUCUGCAUGUCGGCUCCUCAGUCAUUGAGUUACUGUAAUCCUAUCUCAGUCCAUGGGGGGGGACUACAGAGGUGAACUACAAAAACACAAAGGCCUUUUUUUCUUUCAUCUCUUCCCUACCGUGUCCUUCACAUGCUACACCUUUAACCUGAGCCCAUCGCUUUACCCUGCGGACCAACACUGAGCUGGCUUGAGAGAUUGUAUGUGUCUAGCUAAGAGACCACAAAUGAAGCGUAGAGAAGUGCAUCUGUGGUUCAUAGGGCGUUCUAACUUUAAGGCUAGUUUGUAGGUGUUAUGUUUUGAGGGUUCAUUUUCAGGCACAUAAAAUGUCUUUGCACCUGUACUGUGGCCCAAGUGCUCGUUUUGAGUGUUUUCCAAGAAGCUUUAGGUAAGCUUAUGUUGAUGGGCUCUGUGCACAAUUAAAAGACAACAACACAUCAACUCACAUCAAAUGGAGGGCAACUGGGAAUCUUUGACUCCCAUCUGAGACUGAUCCAGGUAUCUUCCUCUCCUUCCAACAUGAAAAUUCAGUAAAAUUGAAAGAAAAGUCAUCUUUGAGUUCCUUCAGGUUUUAACUCAGUUGCAGUAACCCAGAGAGAACACAAACUGGUGGCUUAGAAGUAAGGGCCGUAGUCUUUGCCGGUCCCACCGCGGCUCUGCAGAAGGAAGUUUUCUAAGUUUGGGGGAAAAUUAGGUACUUAGAUGGGUAAAAGGUAUCCUUGCCUUGCUCCAUUCUCUUAUUUUCUUAGCCCCCUUUCCUUCUGAAUUUUUAAACCAAUUUCCUGUCACAGUGGGAAAUGCAUUCUCCAUCACAGCGUUUGCCCUCCAGGAAGUCAGUGCACUGAUCAUGUUCGGCUCCCCUCCCAAGGACCUUUUUCUGCACUGGAAACCUCCACACCUGGCUCUUCUGUUACUGCUGUGUUUAGAUAGUUGGAUGGAUCUUUGUGCCACACAGGAAUUUUUUUUGUCUUUGUUUUUUAAGAAAAACCUAUAGGUGAAAAAUUACUAAUGAAACUGUGUGCGUGUAUGUGCGUGCAACAUAAAAAUACAGUAGCACCUAAGGAACUUCAAUCGUGGUUCCUGUAAAACUACAAAUUGAUGUGGUAUUAAUAAAAAUUUAAAGAACACA